AUGUUACUCUCACAAGGGGGUUCCUGCACGUCGAAACGUUUGUCAUUUCGACUGGUGGCUGGCGUUUGGACCCUGGCCGCCUUCAUCUUCGUCCAGGCUUACAAUUCCACCUUGUUCACCUACGUCAUGGCACCUGUCAAUCAUCCGCUUAUUAAUUCCAUGCACGGCGUCGCUGAGAGUACCGAUAUCAAUCUACUUUUCCGAUAUGGUGCAGCUCUGAAUGCUUUUGUUAUGGAUCCCAAUGCGACGGGAGUAUUUACGAAACUACGGAAAAACGUCGACUCGUUCCCCAAUUCACGAUGUUAUUUGAUAUCGCAGUGUCUCAGUUUAAUCACGCCCGGCUCGAGAAACACCUUUGCCGAAGCGAGAUCCUAUCAACUGGGCAUCAUCAAAGAUAAUUUCGAUAAAACGGGCAAGUGUGGAUUACAAUUGGCAGGCGAUUGUUUCCUGAGUUUACCCGUGACUUUUGCGCUUCAAAAACACAGCCCCUACACCGACACGAUUAACAAAGGGCUUUUGGACCUUCAGCAAACUGGACUGAUUGACCACUGGGAAUCGUGGUUCCGCCCAAUGCCACGCCAGUGUAUGGCCAACGUGAAAAAAGGAGAUAAGAAACGGGAAACUAAACAAACGGAUAUUUCCGCUAUUUCCCUUAAAAAUUUGACUGGCGCCUUUGUCGUUCUUUUGGUCGGAUUAAGCAUCUCUUUCUUGGCCUUCCUCGUCGAGCAAAUCGCUUCGAUAGCUGAACGCAACGUUAAUAACCGCUAGAUAUUCUCUGACAUUUCAAAUGAACUAGCUUUCUCAGCAUCGCCGAUAGUGUUUGUGAUUUAGAACCCAUUCUACUCUCUUCAA